GACGGGGACGCCGACAACUUCACCCGCCGCCGGGUCACUGAGAUCAAGCACGGCCGGGUCUCCAUGAUAGCGUGCAUCGGGUACAUCGUGCCCGAGUACUUCAGGUUUCCCGGAGACUGCGCGCCCAGCCAGGGCCUCGCAUUCUCCGGCAUCCCCAACGGCCUGGCGGCGUUGGGCAAGGUGCCUGCCGUGGGCUGGGCUCAGAUGUUCCUGUUUGCGGGAAUGAUCGACUUUGGAUACCUGCAGUACGACCCCAGCAGGGGCCCCGGCGACUACAAGAACGCAGGGGUCUUUGGCGUCCUCAACGGCGGCGGGUGGGGCCCGAUGCAGAAUGCGGAGGCAAGGAAGACGAAGCUGAACGCUGAGCUUGCGAAUGGUCGUCUUGCCAUGAUGGCCAUCAUCGGCAUGUUUUUCCAGGACGGCCUCACCGGAUCCGCCUGGGGCGAUUGGGCCCUCUACACGGACUCGCCGCUGCGCGCCUUCGAGAGCGAGCUGGGCGUGCAGGCGCCGACCGGCUUCUGGGACCCCCUGGGCUACACGAACGAUGGCAGCGUGGAGAACUUCCAGCGCCGCCGCUCCACAGAGAUCAAGCACGGGCGCGUGGCCAUGUACGCGACCAUGGGCUACAUCUUCCCAGAGUACGUCAGGUUCCCCGGCCUGCUGAGCCCCUCGGCCGGCCUGAAGUUCGCCGACGUGCCCAACGGCCUCGCCGCGCUCUCCAAGGUGCCAGCGGCCGGCUGGUUGCAGAUCUUCCUCUUCAUCGGCACGUACGAGGUGGCCUACGCGGAGAAGCCUGGGGAGCCGGGCAAUUUCGGCAAGGGCAACUUCGGCCUCUUCGGUGGUGUCGCCGACUCCGCCAAGAGGACCCGCGGCCUGAACUCCGAGAUCGCGAACGGGCGCCUGGCCAUGAUGGCGAUCAUCGGCAUGUUCUACCAGGACGGCCUCACCGGGUCCGCCUGGGGCGACUGGGACCUCUACACGGCCUCUCCGCUGCGCGCCUUCGAGAACGAGCUGGGCGUGCAGGCCCCCCUCGGCUUCUGGGACCCUAUCGGCUACACCGCCGACGGCGACGAGGCCGCGUUCAAGCGCCGCCGGGCGACCGAGCUGAAGCACGGGCGCAUCUCGAUGCUGGCCGCCAUGGGCUACAUCACGCCCGAGCUCGGGUUCAAGUUCUCGGGCUACCUGUCCCCCUCCAUGGGGCUCAAGUUCGCAGACGUCCCCAACGGUCUGAAAGCCGUCUCCGUGGUGCCCGCGCUCGGCUGGGCCCAGAUCAUCGCCUACAUGGCGUUCUGCGAGGUGUCCCAAGACCAGAAGCCAGGCACUAAGGCCUGGGCGGGCGACUUCGGAUUCAAGGUGCUCACGUCUUCCGACCCCGAGACGCUGAAGAAGAAGCUCUCUGCGGAGAUCGCCAACGGCCGCCUGGCCAUGAUGGCCAUCAUUGGCAUGUUCUUCCAGGACGGCCUCACCGGGUCUCCUUGGGGCGACUGGGCCCUCUACACGGACUCGCCGUUGCGCGCCUUCGAGAGCGAGACGGGGGUGCAGCCGCCAGUGGGCUUCUGGGAUCCGCUCGGCCUUUCAGGCGACGGCAGCGCCUUCAACUUCUCGCGACGGCGCGAGGUGGAGCUGAAGCACGGGCGAGUGUCGAUGUUCGCCACGAUCGGCUACAUUGUCCCCGAGUACUACAAGCUGCCUGGCUUCCUGUCCCCAUCCUAUGGGAUCCAGUUUGCUGAGGUGCCCAACGGUCUCGGCGCUCUGUCGAAGGUACCCGCGCUUGGCUGGCUGCAGAUCAUCCUGCUCGCCGGCGUGACCGAGGUCCAGAUCUACAAGGACACGGUCAACGGCGAGCCCGGCAACUACGGCGCUGGCUUCCUGGGUUGCAAGAGCAUCGGCCUGACCAGCCCCGGCUUCGCAGACCCCGAGGUGCGGAAGGCGAAGCUGAACGCGGAGCUGGCCAACGGCCGCCUGGCGAUGAUGGCCAUCAUCGGCAUGUUCUUCCAGGACGGCCUUACGGGCUCCGCCUGGGGCGACUGGGCCCUCUACACCGACUCCCCGCUGCGGUGA